AUGUCACUUCCAAUUGAAGUUGAAGUCUAUGUCGUUUUUAAUAAAUUAACGUACAUUGAUUCAAUCGAAGAAAAGUAUAAUGCUGAAAUAGAUAUUGUUUCAUCUUGGAUUGAUAAUAGUAUCAUCGUUCAUCCUAAUCAACCAUUUGUCUAUGAUAAAAAUAUACAUUGGAAUCCAUUACUUGUGUUUGAUAAUGUUAUCGAUGAACCAGUUAUCAAAACACGAUAUGAAGUGAAAUAUUUACCAGAUUCGAAGACCACACGCGUUAUCCAGUAUCAGAAAUUAAUGGGUACAUUAUUGGAAAGUUUAGAAGUUCAUGCCUUUCCAUUUGAUACACAAAAUUUAGGUUUAAUUGUAACAAGCUUGCAUCCGACAAAUCGUUUAAUAUUCAUUCCAAAACAAGAAUAUUCUUAUUUGGCUUAUAAAGCUGUUAGAGAUAAUCAGCGAUGGGAUUUUAGUCAAAUUAUAUCGUUUGAACAAACAACAUAUCAAGAACAAACACCAUAUAUAAAAUCGAAUAUUUAUCCCGUUGUCAGAUUUAAUUGUUUAGCAUCGAGAAAAAGUCAAUUUUAUAUUUGGAAUGGUUUAAUACCAUUAUUUUUUAUUACUACAACGGUCUUUGUUUCAUUUUCAUUUGAUUUUAGUCAAAUUAGCUCAUCAGCUCGAAUAUCAUCAUGUGCCACCACUCUAUUAACAUCAAUCAAUUUUCGUUUUGUCAUUAAUCGAUAUCUACCAACGGUUAGUUACUUGACAUCUCUCGAUAUUUAUGAUAUGUUAUCAAUCGUGUUCAUCUGUUUUGUACUUGGAUGGCAUGCAAUAUGUAAAACAGAUUUCAUUCAUUUAACUACUACACUGGAUCAAUAUGUUCUCACUGGUUUUGCCGGUAUUUAUGUUAUUUAUCAUAUUCUUUUCUUUAUAUUUGCCUGUUUUCUACCAAGAAGAAAACAAAA